GAAUUUGUUUUUGUCAGAAGAGGACACGUACUUGUCAUCAUUCAACACCAUUCACGAAGACGAUUCCUUUUCAACUCUACACAAAAAUCAUUCAUUUCCAUUUCAACAAGUGCGUGCAAAUUCAAAUCUUCGCAAUUUUCUUUUCAUUUUCUUUAAACCAACUGUCGUGGAAAUUCCUUCUUCUCAUGCACUCAUCUUCCUCAAAACCAUAGAAUCAAGAACAAACAAUUACCAUUGCACUUUCAUUCUCUGUAUGUGGGUUUGUGUUUAUGGAAAAGUCAACGAUAUGUUUGGUUAGUACCAUUGUGAUUCUUUGUUGUUUCUCCUGCAUAAACUACGUCACAUCUGAUGCAUCAGAUCAUCGUUACAAAGAAGGUGAUUCUGUGCCCUUUUAUGCCAACAAGGCCGGACCCUUUCAUAAUCCCAGUGAGACAUACAGAUAUUUUGAUCUUCCCUUUUGCUCACCAGGUUUGUUUGAUGCUAAUGUGGAAGAAAAGAAAGAAGAUCUUGGUGAAGUUUUGAAUGGAGAUAGAUUAGUUGUUGCUCCUUACAAACUUGAUUUCUUGAUUAAUAAGAAACCUGAGAGCAUCUGCAAGAAGAUACUAACAAGAAAAGAGGUUGAUCAAUUCAGACAUGCUGUUUUGAAGGACUAUUUUUAUCAAAUGUACUAUGAUGAUUUGCCGAUUUGGGGUUUCCUUGGAAGAUUUGAAACUAAAGAAAAAGAUGAUGAUGGUGACUCAAAUGAGGCCACGAUUUAUCUUUUUAGGCAUGUUCAUUUUGAGAUUCUAUACAAUAACGAUCGUAUCAUCGAUGUUUUUGUUAGAAAUGAUCCGAAUGCUGUUGUGGAUUUGACAGAAGAUAGAGAGGUAAAUAUCGAUUUCACAUAUUCUGUCAAAUGGACUGAAACAGAUAUUCCGUUCGAGAAAAGGUUGGAGAAAUAUUCACAGACAUCUUCGCUCUCACAUCAUUUGGAAGUCCAUUGGUUUUCGAUUAUUAACUCUUGUGUUACUGUUCUUCUCUUGACUGGAUUCCUUGCCAUGAUUCUCAUGCGUGUACUUAAGAAUGAUUUUGUCAAGUUUACUCCUGAUGAAGAGGCGCUUGACGAUCAAGAGGAGAGUGGAUGGAAGUAUAUCCAUGGCGAUGUUUUUAGAUAUCCAAGAUUCAAGGCUUUGUUUGCAGCAGCACAUGGAAUAGGCUCUCAGUUAUUUACACUUGUAAUCUUCAUCUUUAUGCUUGCUCUAGUCGGUGUUUUCUAUCCAUACAACAGGGGAGCUUUGUUUACUGCAUUGGUUGUCAUAUAUGCACUAACAUCCGGUAUUGCCGGUUAUUCUGCAGCUUCCUUCUAUUACAAGAUUGAAGGGAAAAAUUGGGUGAAAAUUUUGGUGUUAACCGGAAGUCUUUUCUCUGGGCCGUUGUUUUUAACAUUCAGCUUUCUUAACACUGUUGCUGUUGCGUAUAACUCCACUGCAGCGCUACCCAUUGGAACAAUUAUGGUUAUAUUCCUCAUAUGGACUCUUGUAACCUCGCCUUUAUUGGUAUUGGGAGGGAUUGCUGGUAAGAAUAGCCAAUCAGAGUUUCUAGCGCCGUGUCCAACCAACAAGUAUCCUAGGGAGAUUCCUCAACUACCUUGGUACCGUACAACUCUCGCUCAGAUGGCUAUGGCUGGUUUUUUGCCAUUCAGUGCCAUUUACAUUGAACUCUACUACAUAUUUUCUAGUGUUUGGGGUCAUCAGAUUUAUACCAUAUACAGCAUUUUGUUCAUUGUUUUCAUCAUUCUAUUGAUUGUCACUGCUUUUGUUAAUGUGGCUUUGACAUACUUUCAACUUGCUGCUGAGGAUCAUGAAUGGUGGUGGAGGUCUUUCCUUUGUGGUGGAUCAACCGGCUUGUUCAUAUAUUCCUACUGCGUCUUUUUCUACCAUGCAAGAUCAGAUAUGUAUGGUUUCAUGCAAACCUCUUUCUUUUUUGGCUACAUGGCUUGCAUUUGCUAUGGUUUCUUUCUCAUGCUUGGCACUGUCGGUUUCCGAGCUUCUUUAAUCUUUGUCAGACACAUAUACCGUUCCAUCAAGUGCGAAUAGCCUAGAAGAAGCUCACUGAAAAGAAAAAAAAUCAGACCCUUUGUUUUACAAUGUGCAGUGUAAUACAACAACUUAACAUCUAGUUGCAGAUGGUUUACUAAAGAAUAGCAGGGGAAUGCAAUUGCAUACCAAAUGUAUACAGUCUGAUAGAAAUGUAUCAUGAUAGUGAACUCGCAAUUUUUCUUUUUGAAAUUAUAGAAGAGCUUUUAACA